AAACCAAUCUUAUUUCGGCCUCGUCUUCCCCCUUCCAUCACACGUCUCUUUUCUCACCCUUUCUACAAUACCCCUCCACUCUUUUCAUCGACUCCAAUCCCAUCCCCAUCCAGCUCCCUAUCUUUCCAACUCUAUCUAUCUACCAAAAUCUCUCCGUUUCUCUAUAUAUAUCUACCUGUUUAAGAGAGAAGUCAGAGAGGGAACUGGUAGGGAAUAGGAAUGGAAGCCCAUGGAAGGGUGCUCAGCUCUGCAACACCAAGUGAGGAGGAGAUGGACCUUAGAAGAGGCCCAUGGACUGUGGAGGAAGACCUUAAACUCAUUAACUACAUCGCUGUCCAUGGUGAGGGCCGAUGGAACACUCUCGCCCGUUGUGCAGGACUGAAACGGACCGGCAAGAGUUGCAGGCUCCGGUGGCUCAACUAUCUCCGGCCGGAUGUCCGGCGCGGUAACAUUACCCCUGAAGAACAACUCCUUAUCCUAGAGCUCCACUCCCGUUGGGGAAACAGGUGGUCGAAAAUAGCACAGCACCUCCCCGGGAGAACCGACAACGAGAUAAAGAAUUAUUGGAGGACCAGAGUGCAAAAGCAAGCCAAGCAGCUCCAGUGCGACGUCAACAGCAAGAAGUUUAAGGACGCCAUGCGCUACCUUUGGAUGCCUCGCCUCAUCGAACGCAUCCAAGCAGCCUCGGGUGGCUCCCUUCAAGCCUCCAACCUCCUGCCCGACCACCCCGCCGGGCAGCCCGGGCAGGCCUGGCCCUGCCAGGAGAACUCGGCUUCUGCCCCGGCCGGGUCGAACUCGUCUGACUCGGUCGUGACUCAGUUUUCAUCGCCUCCCACCUCGGACUCGUUUACGGGUGAUUACUAUAAUUAUCCCGAUAAUUGUAUUCAGGGUGGUGAGAAUAAUAGCGAUGAGGGGACCCAGGCUGGGUUUGCUCAGUUGGAGGAUGGGUGGUACGAGAACCGGGGGUUCUUGGACUUUGAACAAGGUGGGUGGGGGGAGAAUUUGUGGAGCUUGGAGGACAUUUGGUCCACGCAGCAACAAGUUUAAGAAUUCAAAAGUGGAAGAAAAUUGUAGAGAAAAAGAUCAAUUUAAGAGUGUGAGUUAUUGAAAAGGAAGGGGAAAAAUACAAAAAGAGGAGACGAAAGUGAUGCAAGUGGAGGAGUUUUAGAAUUUCCUAUCACUUCUUCUCUCUACCUUUUGAUUUGUAUAACCUCUUGACCUGGGGAUACUUGAGUUUAUUCUUUGAGGAUGUAAUUGGAGAAUGUCUUUAGAUUUUGUGGCUUUGUAAUUCUAAUAAAAUAUUUUAAUUGUGAAUUGCUAACAA